CCAUCUCCUACUUUUGAUGGGGGGGUGUAGCGGUGAAGUCACAGUGAUGUCAUUUUAGGAUGUGAGAGUCGGGGGGCAAGGUGAGCUGGUUUUUGCGGUGAGUGGUGUCCCCUCCACGGCCAGCGUUGCCUGUACAGAGGCGCGGAGCGGCGAAAGAUGAUCAUCGCCACCGGCACCAAUUCAAGCUCCGACGCGCUCUGUCCCUCUCCUCCUCCUGCUCAGAUCUCGGGCUAUGGGGCCUUGAUCUGCCUUGAUCCCAAACUAAGCCUUUACCACCACCAUGCCAAAGGACACAAAAUAAGAAGAGUUGCAUUUUUAGGGCAGGUAACUUUGACCACGUGCCCCGAAGGUAACCUGGAUGGCCUCUGCGCAAAGGUGCCACUACAGUAUGUCCAGCGGGGCCAGGACGCACUGGACGCUGCCAGCAGUUAUUGUACUGUGGACUUCUCUCUGGGGAAUCGCUUCAUCUUAUCCGAUUCCGAGCAGGACUAAUGCGACUUUGUUGGAAAAGAAGUGGGAGACCCUCUUCUCCCGCUCCUAUCUGGGUAUAACUGGGGGGAAAUCGGAGCUCAACUGGGAGAGUGACUAUUUGCAGGGCAUCAAAAGAGUGCGACGACUGUACUGCAACGUGGGCAUUGGGUUUCACCUGCAGGUGCUCCCGGAUGGCAGGAUAAGCGGUGCACACAAUGAGAACCAAUACAGUCUGAUAGAGAUCUCCACCGUGGACCGAGGAGUGAUCAGCUUGUUCGGAGUGAGGAGCGAGCUGUUUGUCGCAAUGAACAGCAGGGGAAGGUUAUACGGAACGAGAGUCUUCAGGGACGAGUGCAAGUUCAAGGAGACUUUGCUGCCCAACAACUACAACGCCUAUGAGUCUUUUGUUUACAAGGGCUUCUACAUCGCCCUCAGCAAGCAUGGCCGCGUAAAGAGAGGCAACAAGGCCACCACCGCCAUGACUGUCACACAUUUCCUCCCACGACUAUGAGAGAAACUGGCAAUAACUGAGUAAUUUGCACAUGUGGAUGUUCUUCCAGGUAAUAUAGAAAUGCAUAGUCAUGAUAUACACACCCAUGGACUGCGAAAGAAAACACAAAUAUUUAUUCUGUUAUAUAUAUGUAUAUUUGGAUAGCUAUCUUUGUAUAUGUAUGCCAUACUGUGCUGCUUAUUGUUUUUAUGGACGGGGGGAGUCGAAGCCUUUGCCUGUCUCACUUUACCUUGGUGCUUGCUGUAACUGAACUACGUGUCACUUCCUUUUUUUGAGAUGGAGGAUGAGCUAUAUUCUGUGCUUUUAAAGAGUGAAAUGAAUACUUUUUAUUACCUCAAAGAACCACUUUACUAGAUUAAGGGAUGCAUGGACUUCUGCUCAAAUAUCUGCUAAGUUUAUCAUUUCUUUUUAAACCUUUGAGCGCUUGAUGGUUCCCUGCUCGAUUAUCGAUGUCCGGCAGUGGGGGAAACUUAAAUGCACUACCUUUGCUGCACGAUUUAAAGGUGCCUUGGUGUUCCCACUUGUGGCCCCCUUAAACUUGCAUGUAAGAGACACCCACUGGAGUCAGAAAUAGGGCUGACGCUCCGGAGAGGGCCUCAGAAGGGGAGGGGAGGGGGGGGUUGACUAUCUCUGGUUUAUUUUCUUUUCUGUAAUUAGAUCGAUUAAGUAAUAAACAAUCUGUGGUUGAGACCAGAGAGCGGUCGGCCAUAGAGCCUGGCGCAAGGCCAUGAGUUUGACUGUGUGGCAUCGCCAGCAAAUAAACAGGGUGGAAAACUUAUCUAUCCCAGCAUGGAGAACAUUUUUGUUUGGACCUGGCUUGCACAAGAAUCGACUGAGCCGAUAGAGCGCACAGUAGAAAUGUUCCUGCACAUUGUCUUGGACAGAGCUCCUACAGUAAAGUGGGUUGCUAUUUUUUGCAAAGCUUUAGCUGCUGUUGAAAAUGAUGUCUACUGUCCAUGAAACCGAUGGAAAUCAAUGUAAAUAGUUGCAAAUGUAAAAGAAGAAUUCAGGAGCUUUUUGAUGCUGCUUAGUCGCAGUUGCCUGAACGAGGCAAAAAGAGUUCAGGCUGCACAGAGAACCAUCGACGAUGGUGCCUAAAUGUUUUUGGUAAGAACCGUUCCCCAUACGUUUGUUUCUUCAGUUCAUCUUUGUGUCGGUGUGUUUGGUGGAGGACUUGCGUGCCCUGGGCCUCUUCCCCUGCUUGCCUGUGUGUUCUGCAGCAGCACUGCAGUGGCAGCGAGGUGUCUGGAGCUGAAGGCGAAGGGUCUUAAAUGCAAUUAAGGAUGAAUCAAUCAAGUGUUUCGAAGGACUAAAGGAGAGUGCAGUUGGUGGACUGGAGGCACGCUGUAGUAUUUCUGUGUCUGUUGGUUUUAGGCCUACUUUUAUACAUUUGAAUGGUAGAACAUUGGCACAGAAGGUUAGAAAGUCAGCAAAUGAUAAGUAAAGUUCAGAAAUUCAUAGUAGCAGUUUGUUUGGAAACCCAGAAAGCGUACCACACUUUGCAGACUCACAGUUAGUCUGCACAAAUAUCUUGUUACAUAUUCCAAAGAUGUUUUUCUUGCCUCAUUCUGAGAAUUCCUGGGAGUCUUACAGAGUGCAUCUACCCAUGUAAUCUCUGCAGCUGUUAACUUAAAAAAACCUGCAGCCCGCCUCACCAUUAGCCUCCAUCCGUUCUUGUGUGAGAGGAAGCAGGACUAUUUAAAUCCAGGAAAGACGUAUACGAGGGAGCAGGCCCACUGUCUUUGUUGUUCGUCAAACCCCCUGCAGGAAUGUGGAUCUGCCAGGAUGACAGGCAGCUUCCCACAUACCUGAGCUCUGUCUCUCCCCCCCUGCUACCCACCUCUGCCUGUCCCUUUACCCCCCUUCCACAACUCACCGGCUGUAGGCAGGGACCUUGGGAUUCCAGCUGUAACCCUGGAGCUUCCUCCUCUCCUUUCAGCCUUUUUUAGUUCAAGGUCAGAGUCUCGGACCAGCCUUGGCCCCUACCCCAGUGGCCGGGGUGCUCGGCUAUAUGGGUCAGACUGCUUCUGUGAUAUAUGGAUUUAACAUUCGGAUACAGCGAACACUUUACGCUUAAAUUGAAUAUAACAUAGUGAACUGAUGACCCUGUAACUGACUGGAACAUAUAGUUCCCUGUCUCCUUUUUUGAACAUCCCCACUUCCCUCCAUGAAUUUAGAGCUCCACCUCUUAAAAAUGCAGCUCCACAACAUGCUGUCUACUCCCCUUUCCAAGUACUCGUGUUGGGAUAUUUCUAGGGAGGGGACAUCUGCAGAGUUAAUGCGGUGUGUGAGCAGCAGAGUCACGCAGAGCCUCUCCUGCUGCACUCCAGUCCUGCAGGACGGCUCCACAGCCAUCCUCAGGACGAACCCUCUCCUGCUGCUACUGCUGCUGCUGCCGGACUCAGUCCUGACCCCAGAACACCCCCGAUCACCACACCGACACAGUAUCACCUGCUGCUCAACAGUCUGUGCCGCACAGACCGACUUAUACCAGUAUUUUUCUCAAACAUAAGAUCUCUUGUUAGUUUUUGUUCUGAGGACGUUUUUUCUGUGCGAGUGCCGAGGCUACACCGCCAAGCAAAAGUUUCAAAAAAAUGAAAAAGACUUGUUGCAGUUGUAGGUGAGGCUGCAUGUAGUACCACUGAUGUACAUUUCUUCUCGGGAGUAAAGUGUCAUUGUUUAUUUUGUUUGUUUGUUUGUUUUUUUUGGCUGAAACAGCAAACAAAAUACAAUCUACAUUUUCAGCAUUUUCAGCUGAGGAAGGCGUGGAAGUAAACUUUGCGCAUGCACAGCAAUGAGCACUUCUCUUACCCACCUCGCAUUCAAGAUGUCCGACGUCUCUAGUAGCACCUUAUUAAGGACAUCUGGAUUAUGAACUAGUGUAAAGAAGAGAUUUUUCUGUCAAGAAAUAGAGCUGGAUGUCUAAAAAAAGGAAAAGUUUGUGUCUAAAAAUGAAAUUCUCACCUUUCAGCUUUGACCAAAAAAAUUUAUUCAGAUUUAUCUGUUGUCUCUUUUUUUUUUUUUCUUUCCACCGCUUAUCAUGGGUCAAAUUUAAUUAAGUCAAGGUGAGGAAUAUCUUUUUUUAUAUAAUGUUUAAUGUACUAUUAGCAUGCCUGAGCCCUGAGCUUGAUGAGGGGUGUGUGCUUCAUGUGUUUUUUUUUUUUAAACUCCUACUCUGACGGGAGUGAGCCUCCACUCGAUUCCUCUCCUCUGUUCUCAUAUACCUCACCUUCUGCCUUAGUUUUGGUUUUUGCUGAUGACUGUAAAUUAAGAAGAAACAAACUUCAGUUAUUCAUUUCUGAAAACAGACAAUGCUAAGUAAGGAUAUUAAAGUUUUUUCCUUUUAUUUUUGUACGUAUGUGCUGUGCACAGCAGUCUACUGUAUUCCUGAGAUACCAAUAAAAGUUUGUUUUGUUUUUUUAA